AUGGCGGAAGUCGAGAAUGGCUCUGUGAACGAGCCACCAACCCAAACAUCUACAACCCUGCCGCCGGUAGACAACAAGGAGGAGGAUGCCGGCGAUGUCCUAGCGCAUACGGAACCACCUGUCGACGGAGAUGAACCCGAACUACCAGAGGCGUCGGACCCUCAAGGAAUUGAUGUUCAGGAAUCAGAGCAGGCACAUUCACCACUAGAACAAUCGGGAACUACUGAAAAUGCAGAGUCGCCGGAUCAAGCCGCAAGCUCUCCGGAGGGAGCCGUCGCAUCAUCAGAAUCCAAGGCUGAUACCGAGCCUGAGUCGACCUCGAAGCCCGAUACACAGGACCAAUCUGCGGAUACAUCACCGGCAGUUCCGGCCGUCAACGUUGAAGAGGAAUCUUCGGCUGACAAGCAAGAUGUCGCCUCCAUACCCCAUCAAGAUGAGCUUCCCUCCGAUUCACGCAUGCGCUCCGAUUCAAGAUCGACAACGGCCACAUUUGCAACGCAUCGCUCGGUUACGGUCAGCUCUACCGUCUUUAUUGUGACGGCGUUGGAUACAAUCGGUGCUUCCAAGGAAGCGCGGAGGAGCAAAGAACUGGAGGAUGCUGUGAAGAACGCCCUCGCAAACGUCAAACAGUCGGAUGGUCAGCCCAUUGACCCUGAGCUUAUAUUCCGCCCUCUACAGCUGGCCACCAAAACCUUUAGUAUUCCUCUGCAGGUCACGGCCCUUGACUGCAUCGGAAAAUUGAUAACCUACUCAUACUUCGCCUUCCCUUCAUCUCACGAUGGGAAGACGUCAGAAUCGGAGGCCAACCCUGAACAGCCACCCCUGAUUGAGCGAGCGAUUGAUGCGAUCUGCGACUGUUUUGAGAACGAAGCCACACCCGUUGAGAUUCAACAACAAAUCAUAAAGUCACUCCUUGCGGCAGUUUUGAACGACAAGAUCGUCGUGCAUGGAGCAGGUCUCCUAAAGGCUGUCCGCCAGAUUUACAACAUCUUCAUUUACUCCAAAUCAUCUCAGAAUCAGCAAAUCGCCCAAGGGUCCUUGACACAGAUGGUCAGCACUGUUUUUGAUAGGGUCCAGCCUGUCACGAAGGAGCCCGUGGAGAAAUUGACGUUGCAAAGUUUUGAGUCGAACAAGGAUGUGACCUCGGUCAACGACAAUGCUCCCACAAUGGUUACUCGUGCCAGAGGCAAUCAGAGAUCUGCUCGGUCAAUGUCUGCAGCCUCAGCAGAGGACAUUGACGGCACUACUGAUGAUGAUGAGGACGAAAUUUAUGUCAAGGACGCUUUCUUGGUUUUUAGGGCACUCUGCAAGCUGAGCCAUAAAAUACUGAGCCAUGAUCAACAACAAGACCUCAAGUCUCAGAAUAUGAGAUCAAAAUUGCUGUCGUUGCACCUUAUCCAUUACCUCAUGAACAAUCACGUCGUGACCUUUACAUCUCCCCUCUUGACCAUCAGAAAUAGCUCCAACAGCCCGGACGCGAUGACACUACUACAAGCUGUCCGGCCUCAUUUGUGCUUAAGUUUGAGUCGGAAUGGGUCCAGCUCGGUGCCCAGGGUGUUCGAAGUUUGCUGUGAGAUUUUCUGGCUAAUGCUGAAGGAUAUGAGAGUGAUGAUGAAGAAAGAACUCGAGGUUUUCCUAAAAGAGAUAUACUUGACUAUUCUCGAAAAGCGCAAUUCUCCCCUUUUCCAGAAGCAGUACUUCAUGGAAAUUUUGGAGCGAUUGGCAGGUGAUCCGCGCGCCUUGGUGGAAAUGUAUCUCAACUAUGACUGCGACAGAACUGCGUUGGAGAACAUCUUCCAAAAGUAUGUCAUAGUUCUAGACUCCUCUCGUACAACUUCUGACUUCACUGUCACCGCUUUCCAGCAACAACAGUACCAGGAGCACCAUGUCAAGGUCUCAACUAUUGGUAGUGACUGGCAUCAACGGGGAACCUUGCCACCCAACCUUACCACUGCUAGCGUAGCCAGUGGUCAUCAGCCAAACCUACAGCAUGUGCCCCCUGAUUAUAUACUGAAGAAUCAGGCGGUCGAGUGCCUGGUGGAAAUUCUGCAGUCACUAGACAACUGGGCCUCGCAGCGUCUGGUCGAUCAAGCGGCGCCGGUUCUCAACUCAUCCUCUCAGAAGUCAAUUGACAAUCCUAGGGACUCAAUGGAAACAACUGCCCCUACCUAUCUUUCAUCUCCGAGGAUCGAAAGCACUGACGGCAGUACCACACCUGUGGCGGAGGACGACCCGAGCCAAAUUGAGAAGGUCAAGCAAAGAAAGAUUGCCUUCACCAACGCCAUUCAACAGUUCAACUUCAAGCCCAAGCGGGGAGUCAAGCUUUUUAUCAAAGACGGCUUUGUACGUUCCAGCUCGCCCGAGGACAUUGCCGCAUUCUUGUUCCGGAAUGAUCGGUUGGACAAAGCCAUGCUGGGUGAGUAUCUCGGUGAAGGAGAGGCCGAGAAUAUCGCCAUCAUGCAUGCUUUCGUUGAUAUGAUGGAAUUCUCAAAGCGGCGCUUCGUCGAUGCUCUGCGUCAGUUCCUACAGCACUUCCGCUUGCCUGGAGAAGCACAGAAGAUCGAUCGUUUCAUGCUCAAGUUUGCGGAGCGCUACGUAACCCAGAAUCCGAACGCAUUCGCAAACGCGGAUACGGCGUACGUUCUUGCUUACUCCGUCAUCAUGCUCAACACAGAUCAGCAUAGUGCCAAGAUCAAGGGGCGCCGCAUGACGAAGGAAGAUUUUAUCAAGAACAACCGCGGUAUCAACGAUAACCAGGAUCUGCCUGAUGACUAUCUCGGUUCCAUCUACGAUGAAAUUGCAAAAAACGAGAUUGUCUUGGAUACUGAGAGAGAACAUGCUGCCAAUCUUGGCAUUCCGACGUCUGCACCCAGCGGCGGCCUCGCGUCUCGGGCUGGACAAGUUUUUGCAACCGUGGGGCGCGAUGUUCAAGGUGAAAAGUAUGCGCAGGCCUCUGAGGAAAUGGCAAACAAGACCGAGCAGCUUUAUCGUAGUCUGAUACGAGCGCAGCGGAAGACAGCUGUCAAGGAAGCUCUCUCACGCUUCAUCCCGGCAACCUCUGUCCAACAUGUGGGUUCCAUGUUCAAUGUCACCUGGAUGUCUUUCCUUUCUGGCUUGUCUGCUCCGAUGCAGGAUACCCAGUACCUCGAAAUUAUCCGGCUUUGCAUGGGAGGUAUGAAGCUGGCUAUACGUAUCAGUUGCGCGUUCGAACUUGAAACCCCACGUGUCGCGUUCGUGACGGCCUUGGCCAAAUUUACCAACCUGGGCAACGUCAGGGAGAUGGUAGCAAAGAACGUGGAGGCGUUGAAAGCCUUGCUUGACGUCGCUCUCACGGAAGGAAACCAUCUUAAGGGCUCUUGGAGAGAUAUUCUCACGUGCGUCAGUCAACUCGACCGUCUUCAACUCCUCACCGAUGGUGUCGAUGAAGGUUCCCUACCUGAUGUCUCCCGAGCUCGCAUCGUGACUCAACCUCCCACGGACGGAUCUCGGAAGUCAAUGCAAGCGUCAAGGCGGCCUCGCCCUCGAUCAAUCAAUGGACCUACAGCUUUCCGUACUGAGGUUGCAAUGGAAAGUCGAUCUGCGGAAAUGAUAAGGGGAGUGGACCGGAUCUUCACCAAUACGGCCAAUCUCUCUCACGAGGCCAUUAUUGAUUUCAUUAAGGCCCUAAGCGAGGUCAGCUGGCAAGAGAUCCAAUCGUCUGGACAAACUGAAUCCCCUCGAACAUACAGCCUGCAGAAAUUGGUUGAAAUCAGUUACUACAACAUGACAAGAGUCAGAAUAGAAUGGUCAAAGAUUUGGGAGGUCCUCGGGCAGCACUUCAAUCAUGUGGGUUGCCAUUCGAAUACCACUGUGGUCUUCUUCGCUCUUGAUUCGCUUCGCCAACUUUCGAUGCGCUUUAUGGAGAUUGAGGAGCUGCCGGGUUUCAAGUUCCAGAAAGACUUCCUCAAGCCGUUCGAGCAUGUUAUGGCGAAUAGCAACGUUGUCACUGUCAAAGACAUGAUUCUUCGUUGUCUCAUCCAGAUGAUUCAGGCGCGUGGUGACAAUAUCCGCUCAGGUUGGAAAACUAUGUUUGGCGUCUUUACGGUUGCUGCUCGCGAGCCAUAUGAAGGCAUUGUCAAUAUGGCUUUUGAGCAUGUCACCCAGAUUUACAACACCCGCUUUGGAGUUGUUAUAACACAGGGUGCCUUCCCUGACCUUAUUGUCUGCCUCACUGAAUUCUCCAAGAAUUCAAAGUUCCAGAAGAAGUCGCUACAGGCAAUCGAGACCUUGAAGUCUACUGUUACGAAAAUGCUGAGGACGCCAGAGUGCCCGCUGUCUCAUCGCGGUGCGUCACCUGAGGGCUUCCAUGAAGAUGCCACCAACCUUUCUCAGCAACUCACCCGUCAGUCCAAGGAGGAGCAGUUUUGGUACCCGAUCUUGAUCGCCUUCCAAGACGUGCUGAUGACCGGUGACGACCUUGAAGUCCGGUCACAAGCGUUGACGUAUCUCUUCGAGACAUUGAUUCGUCAUGGCGGUGAAUUCCCGCAAGAAUUCUGGGAUGUGCUUUGGAGGCAGCUCCUCUAUCCUAUCUUUGUGGUGCUACAGUCCAAAUCGGAAAUGUCUAAGGUGCCCAAUCAUGAAGAGCUUUCUGUGUGGCUGUCAACCACCAUGAUCCAGGCACUGCGGAAUAUGAUUACCCUGUUCACCCAUUACUUCGACGCACUGGAGUAUAUGCUCGAUCGCAUUCUGGAGCUCCUCACUCUGUGCAUCUGCCAGGAGAAUGAUACGAUUGCACGGAUCGGUAGCAACUGUCUGCAGCAGCUGAUCUUGCAGAAUGUUACCAAGUUCCAGCUGGAACACUGGAAGAAGGUCGUUGGCGCUUUUGUCGAGCUAUUCAGCAAGACUACGGCUUAUGAAUUGUUCACUGCUGCAGCGUCCAUUUCUUCAAAAUCACCUGGCUCGCUGAAACCUGCGAAUGGAGACUCGGCCUCAAAUGAAGAACCUCAGGCAGACGCCCAGCAACAGCCGGCCGCUGUGACCGUGGCUCGCCGCCGGUUCUUUAAUCGUAUCAUAACCAACUGUGUGCUCCAGUUGCUCAUGAUCGAGACUGUCCACGAACUUUUCUCGAAUGAUAAAGUCUACGCACAGAUUCCCAGUCACGAGCUUCUUCGCCUGAUGGGCUUGCUGAAGAAGAGUUAUCAGUUCGCGAAGAAGUUUAACGAGGACAAGGAAUUGCGGAUGCAGCUUUGGCGUCAAGGAUUCAUGAAGCAACCUCCCAACCUCCUCAAACAGGAGAGUGGAAGUGCCGCCACCUAUGUUCACAUCCUCUUCCGAAUGUAUCACGAUGAAAGAGAGGAGCGGAGAAGCAGCCGUGCUGAAACGGAAGCGGCUUUGAUUCCGUAA